UAUCUUCGAUGCGUUUCUUCGUCUUUCAUUUUGCUGUUCUCAUGCGAUCAUGCCUUUUGGAAACAUACGAUGGGCCAGAAGAUGACAUAUUAUCGAUGAAGAGCGUGGCUGCAUUUACUCAACUGUUGAAGAAACGAUUUAUUGAUUAACUUUGAAUGUUUAUAAUUAGGUAUGUUUGCACCCUCCAAGAGUUAAGUGUAUAACUUGUGAACUUGUAUUGCAUUUGUUAAAAGCCUGGAAAAUGAUCUAUACUACUUGGAUUCAGUGUGAUUAUCGAGAUAAUUGAAUGUACAUGUUCACAUUUUUUUCCGUAUAUUUGAAGGAUAAUAUCUGGUAUCUAUGUUCGGAUAUUUGAAAGAUAUCUUAAGAAAAACGGAAGUUCCAGUAACAUGGUUAAAGGUUAGGGAAAUCUUUGAAACCUAAUAUAGUUUGCUUCCAGUAGUAGGACUACCUUGCUUGAAAAUUGCAGGUGGAGAUUGGUCUUGAGUUUGAAAAAAUCCACUCUUCCGCGCAAAGUUAGAAGGCGAAGCAAUGGAGACUACCUCUCAGGAAACGUAUUCGUCAAGCCAACCGAGUCACGGACCCUCGCUCUCAGCUUUGAUUGAUGUCAUAGCACAGCAAGAACAAAGUUUCGAACAAUCGCUAGCGAAUCAACAGCUUUGGGCCCAACAGCUUGCUGAUGCACAGGAGGCAAAGAUAAAAGCAGCUGUUCAGCAAAUCACAGCAGGUGCGGCCGAAGUUAGUGAGAUUCGUCUAGGUAAAAAGGUUGUUACACCAGAAGUGAAACUAGAAGAGUUUAACUCCGAGAGGGGCAAUGGGGAGUUGGAGCCUCAAUUGGAGUCUCCAUCUCGGCAUUUUUCUAGGUCAAUAUCCAGAUCUACGUCUCUCUUCCGGUAUCCAGAACCAGAAGUUCACAAGGAACAUACAAGGUAUUCGCUCGGAGAUCAUGUCAGCAAGAGUGAUCUUGGCAAUUUCAAAUAUGAUCAUUACAAGGGCCACCAGAGAAGCAAAUAUUAUCAUAGGGUGUCUAGAAGUCCCGAUGAUGACAGUAACCCUCACCAUGGAAGGUCUACCGAUAGCAGAAAGGGUAGAGAAAGGAGAGGUGCAUCACCAUUGGAAGGAAGCUGGAAGAGGGGAAGAUCUCCAUCAAAUUCAAAGCCUCAGAGAUAUUGCCAUCAGGAUUCUUAUUCUCCAAGGUCAGACAGAUGUUAUCGUACAGUGUAUGGAAGACCCACGAAUGACAGUAUCCCUCUUGAUAGAAGGCCUAUCGAUAAUGGAAAACAUAGACAAAGGAGAGGUGCAUCACCUAUUGAAAGAAGCCGGAAGAGGGAAAGAUCUCCAUAUAAACCCAAGCCCCGUGCAAAGUUAGAAGGCGAAGCAAUGGAGACUACCUCUCAGGAAAUGUAUACGUCAAGCCAACCGAGUCACGGACCCUCGCUCUCAGCUUUGAUUGAUGUCAUAGCACAGCAAGAACAAAGUUUCGAACAAUCGCUAGCGAAUCAACAGCUUUGGGCCCAACAGCUUGCUGAUGCACAGGAGGCAAAGAUAAAAGCAGCUGUUCAGCAAAUCACAGCAGGUGCGGCCGAAGUUAGUGAGAUUCGUCUAGGUAAAAAGGUUGUUACACCAGAAGUGAAACUAGAAGAGUUUAACUCCGAGAGGGGCAAUGGGGAGUUGGAGCCUCAAUUGGAGUCUCCAUCUCGGCAUUUUUCUAGAUCAAUAUCCAGAUCUACGUCUCUCUUCCGGUAUCCAGAACCAGAAGUUCACAAGGAACAUACAAGGUAUUCGCUCGGAGAUCAUGUCAGCAAGAGUGAUCUUGGCAAUUUCAAAUAUGAUCAUUACAAGGGCCACCAGAGAAGCAAAUAUUAUCAUAGGGUGUCUAGAAGUCCCGAUGAUGACAGUAACCCUCACCAUGGAAGGUCUACCGAUAGCAGAAAGGGUAGAGAAAGGAGAGGUGCAUCACCAUUGGAAGGAAGCUGGAAGAGGGGAAGAUCUCCAUCGAAUUCAAAGCCUCAGAGAUAUUGCCAUCAGGAUUCUUAUUCUCCAAGGUCAGACAGAUGUUAUCGUACAGUGUAUGGAAGACCCACGAAUGACAGUAUCCCUCGUGAUAGAAGGCCUAUCGAUAAUGGAAAACAUAGACAAAGGAGAGGUGCAUCACCUAUUGAAAGAAGCCGGAAGAGGGAAAGAUCUCCAUAUAAACCCAAACCCCAGAGUCAUGGCCAUGAGGACUCGUGUAGAACCAAAAGUUUCCGAAGGAGUCCUGGUGACGUCAGUAACCGUCACCAUGGAAGGUCUACUGAUAGCACAAGGUAUAGAGAAAAGCGAGGUGCUUCACCCUCUGAGACAGGCGGAAAGAGUGAAGGCAGGAGUAAGCGAUCCGUGAAUGCAAAAGCACCACCACGCUUAGCCUCUGUUUGUGCCAACAAUCCUCGAGAGCAUACAGCUUAAAUCAACUUCUUGUUCCCUAUAAAAUAGUCAGUCUUCAUAGUGCCAGUUAUAUGUGAAGAGGAUAGUAAUGAUUUCUUUUGAACUCUACCAAGUACUAUUGUUGUGCCACAUUUCCCUUGUUUGGGAAUAAUAUUGGGUUGUGGGGUGGAAUCAUGUUGGAGCUAGAGGUGCAGAUUAAGACGGUCAGUUAGAUCAUAAAUUUUGUUAAAAUCGAUAAUCUACUGAUUUAAUGAAAAAAAUAUUGGGUAAUGU